CGAGGUUAGUCAAUCGUGGACGGCGCUUCAAUUCUUUUCUUCACUUAAUUCCUUUUUGAACAGUAUAUGCUCCCCUUUUUUACUACAUUGACUUCAGUCAAACUGUCCCUCCUUGUGUUUUGGUAUAGUCUUACAGAUAUGCGGUACAGCGUGUCCAGUGUAGGAGGUUUGGCUAUCCUCCUCGCUAGCUCCUUGGUCGAUGUCGCCAAAUGCAGUAAUACAUUACUGCCCCUGGUUUUUGAGCCUCUGCCCUUGGGCUCAGUCACAGCUGAAGGCUGGUUACAAGAUCAAUUGCAAUUGAUGAGUGAUGGGCUUGCUGGUCACGAACACGAUUUUUACCUGUUUGUCAGCAAUAGUUCAUGGCUGGGAGGGUCGUCGGAGUAUAGCAAUUUGAACGAAGGAUUUCCAUACUGGUUCAAUGGUCUUGUGCCAUUGGCGUAUAGCCUGAAUGAUGAACGACUGAAAACCCAAGUCUUGGAGAGCGUGGACUACGUGAUUUCUCAUCAACAGAACGAUGGCUGGCUUGGUCCAGAAACCGAUGUCAACCAACGCAACCUUUGGGGUCGGUUCCCCUUCUUCUUAGGGUUGACGCAGUUGGUUGAGGCUACGAACGGAACGGAUGUUUCCACACGCGUGUUGGAUAGUAUGCACAAAUUCGUCGAGUUGAUGAAUUCCAUGCUCGAAGAUAAUUUCCUCGGUUAUGUCGCAUCUGAUACUUCACCAAUUGACGACCAAUGGGGCCGCUCGCGUGCAGCUGAUAUGAUCUUGAGCUUGCAAUGGUUGUACGAACAUGAUCCCAGAAAUGAUACCGAUAUCCUGUUCAAUUCCAUGAAUCUCCUUUUCGAAAAGUCAAACAACUGGGCUCAUUGGUACACCGACGGUGUCUAUAUCAAACAGGAUCUCGAUACGGUGCCCGUUGCUAUCACAAAUGCCAACUAUGCGUUUGAGCACGGAGUUAAUGUCGGUCAAGGCUACAAAUACGGUGCCGUUGUUCGGCGCUUCAAUGGCGACGAUAGCCUUGCAGAUUCUUCGCGCAGAGCAGUCAAUUGGACACUGACAUAUCAUGGCCAGCCUUCAGGAGUCAUGAUUGCAGAUGAGCGAUUAUCUGGAUUGAGCCCUGUUCGCGGUGUGGAACUCUGUGCCGUGGUGGAGUCCAUCUAUUCGCUAAACUAUCUGUAUCAGGCAUUGGGUGAUGCUUCUUUCGCAGACAGUGCCGAAAUGGCGGCUUACAAUGCUCUCCCCGUUAUGUUGACACCAGAUUGGUGGGCGCAUCAGUAUGUUGCUCAAACCAACCAGCCGAUAUCACAUACUUUUGAUGAGACCCCGUUCUAUAAUGUGGAUAAGGAAGGCCAGCAUUUCGGACUUGCCCCAAACUAUCCUUGCUGCACGGUCAAUCAUCCGCAAGGUUAUCCAAAGUAUGUUUCAAACUCCUAUGUCCGCUAUGGCGACAAUGGUAUAGCGCAUGCAUUGUUAGGCCCGACUUCGGUCAAAACUACCACCAAAUCCGGGGUAUCCGUCAGUGUUUCGGUCGACACUCUUUACCCAUUCGUGUAUGAGUUGACAUAUACCGUCGAAGCCAGUGAUGACUUUGACUUUUAUGUGCGGGUUCCCGCCUGGGCCACAAGCAGCAGCUUCUUUUCCAUUAACACUGGCCCCCAUAAUUCAGUGAUCGCGGAUUCGAGCACUGCCAUGCAUCAUAUUCCGCUCAGAAAAGGCCGGACCACUAUAUUUUACUCCUUGACAGGCGAUAUCCGUGUAGCUCAUCGUGCGAAUAAUACCGUGGCUGUAUAUCACGGGCCAAUUCUUUAUUCCAUCGCACCAGGUGAGAACUAUACAUCAUACAGCGCGAACUACCCUGGCGCGCCAUCAGAGGCACUGGAAUAUAACAUUUACCCGACAACAGAAUGGGCACUCGCCAUUGAUCCCUCGAGUCUGAAGUAUAAUGGACCCGGGUUUGGUGCGUCGUUGUCCAAUCCCGUUUGGACCCUCAAUGCACCACCAGUGUCCAUCAGUGCGACUGUAUGCGAGAUCAAAUGGAACCUGGUAGAUAGUUAUGCACCGAAUCCGCCCCUGCUAGCAAACAGGAAAUGCGUGGGAGACCCUUUCCAAGUCAACCUAGUACCGUAUGGUAGCGCCAGAUUGCACAUAGCCGAGAUACCGACGAUCAGUCUGUCAUGAGUCCUGGAUCAAUCCAUGUAUUUUAUUGAUAUA